AUGAAUACAUUUUCCUAUCCACAUACAUCUUCGGUAACUCUUCCUAUCAUUACCUAUGGUGAGGUUGAACAAUUUGUUAAAGAUUGGAUUUCAACAGGCUGUUCAGACUAUUUACAACAUGUACCAAAGAAUGAGUUGAUGGCUCAUUGUUAUAUGGUCGGAGUGGAUAAACAACUGAUCAAGAGAGCUUUUCUUUCGAGUGGAAAAGAUGAAUUGAUAAAGGCUUUGAUUUCAGCAUGUCCAAUUGUUGGUUCGUCUAGUGCAAUCACUGAAGAUUUACAAACAUUCCUGAAUCGAUCACAUGAUUUGUAUUGUGUUAUUCAUGCAAGGGGAAGAAUCAAUUCGGUAAGACAAGUUGACAAUCAACAGCUAUCCUUUGACGAUGACAAAUCAACAAUUCUAAUCACUAACCAUCAAGAGGGCCAACAUAACGAGCUCCUCACCAAUUCUUCUAGCAAGGGUUUGCAACCAAUUUCUAUUCCAAGUCAAACAAUAGUUAAGGAUUCAUGUAAGGAAGAAACAAUUUUGAACUCCAAUGCCUCAUCAAUGGACGAAAUCAACUCGCCAGAACUUUCCUCACGACCAAGAAGAAAAAUCAGAACCUCUCCUAAAGACAAAUACAGAUUGAAAAGGAUUGGCCAAAACUACAGGAAAUGA